UAAAAUUUUAAAAAUGAUGGAAAUCCCUUUUCAUGUUCUUUCAAAAUGAAGUAAAAAACUAAACCUCGAAGUUAUAGAGCUAUCAUGUCAGCCUAGUUAGAUCUCCUUUAUUUAAAGAAGUGAUAAAUCUAAAGCACAUGAGCACAAGAAUUCUGGAAUCUACUUUUAGCUUUUAGUGACAAAAAUACCCCCCACUUUCAUAAGUAAUCAGUCCCGCUAUUUACACAUUAUUAUCACAAUAUUAAUACUCCAUAUCUAACCAUCACACGAGGGAUUAGAAAAAGGUGAUACAUAAACUGUCGACUCAUGUAUAACAUAAUGGAUAAUUCUUAAUCUAAGUAAAUAAAAUACCAUAUAGCAUAUGCAGUUUAAUUAUCAGUUAAUACAAUAAAAGUUUGGGUAGGGUAUUAUAAUAUAACUGCAAAUGCCUCUCAUAUUAUAAGAUCUCUACACAGACUUAUGCUCAUCUAUAAAUAAGAGAGUUGAAGGUCAUUCUGGGUAUUAUUGGAACUUUUGAAGAGGGUUCAAAAGGAACAGUGGUUCAGAACCUGAGCUUUUAUCGAUUAAUAAUGCAAUCAAGAAAAGCAGAGAAAAGUGCUUUAUUAACCAGGAAUUUCCAUAGACAAUAAGAAAAAUCUUCAAUCCUUCUUCUGCUGGUCACCAUGAUUUCGUUGUCUGAUGUCUAUCAUGUUGUAGCAGCCACAGUCCCUCUGUACGCGGCCAUGAUGUUAGCUUACAUCUCAAUAAAAUGGUGGAAGUUCUUCACACCGGAGCAGUGUUCUGGAAUAAACAAGUUCGUGGCAAAGUUCUCAAUCCCACUGUUAUCAUUUCAAGUCAUUUCAGACAACAACCUCUACAAAAUGAACCUGCUACUGAUAUCCGCUGACUUUCUUCAGAAAAUUUUAGCUAUUGCUCUGCUGGGAGCAAUCACUAAAAUCACCUCUCGGGGAGGAUUAAAUUGGAUUAUCACUGGUCUCUCUCUGUCAACUAUGCCCAAUACUCUAAUUCUUGGACUACCGGUACUGAAGGCCAUGUACGGUAGUGAAGCAGAUGUGCUUCUUGCCCAGAUAGUCGUCUUACAGAGCAUUCUCUGGUACAACAUAUUACUGUUUCUCUUUGAGUUCACUACCACAAAAGCAGCUUCUUUAGCUCCAGCAUCAGAACUAGAAGCCACAGUGGCAAUUGAUACAGCUCAAGAAGGGGGAGCAAAAGAAGAAAGUGAGGAGGAAAGAAACAGAAAUGGAAGGAGUCUCAAAACCAGUUCCAUUCUCUUAACAGUUGCUAGGAAGCUUAUCAUCAACCCCAAUACUCAUGCAACAAUAUUAGGACUCAUUUGGGCAAGUAUACGAUUCAGGUGGGGAGUAAAAUUGCCAGAAGUUAUUGACAGAUCGAUAAAAAUUUUGUCAAAUGGAGGACUUGGUAUGGCAAUGUUCAGCUUAGGUCUAUUCAUGGGUUCACGGCCUAGCAUUAUAGCAUGUGGGACAAAGAUGACACUGGUGGCCAUGGGAAUGAAAUUCUUAAUUGGGCCUGCGCUAAUGGCGGCAUGCUCAGUUGUUCUAGGACUCAGGGGCAGAUUGCUCAAAGUGGCAAUUGUGCAGGCAGCACUUCCCCAGGGCAUUGUUCCAUUCGUCUUUGCCAAAGAGUAUAACAUACAUCCAGAAGUUUUAAGCACAGGGGUACUCCUGGGCUUGCUCAUUGCGUUGCCAGUAGCAUUGGCCUAUUACUCCUUGCUGUCAUUGUAAAGCAUCAAUGCAUGCAGUCAUGCCAAGACAGGAUACAUGGUGCUGAAACAAGAAACUUACGACAUCCACUCUAAACACCAGGAAAGACCACAUGCAGAGAUGAAAUUUGUUUAGUUACAAAUUUUUUUGCCAUUUUUUUUCCAUCAUGGUAUAGUGCUAACGAUUCCUCUGCCAGAACUAUUUGCAUCCCGUUGUCUGUAUAGUCCUAUUAUCCAUUUGUUUGACUCUGUAACAGUUCAACAUUAGCCUGGCUAUGAAGAUUCUCUCAAAGACAAUCGAAAAAUGCAUGAAAAUUCAAAGAAGAAACUGUCAAACGGUUUGUGAUCAUAGUCAAGAAUGCCGGAACCGCAGUAUAAAGUCUAGGACAAUAUCUUUUCA